UCCACGAGUGGAACCCAAAUGAGCAGCGGGUUCAACUUCACGGGCUUCUACGCCACCUGGUUUGACCAUCUCCGCCACCUCAUCCACCAGCUUUCCUCCACCACCACCGCCGCCAAAGAAAACCGAUCCUCCACCACCGAUGACCUCCGCCACCUCGUCCACACUGUCAUGUCCCACUACAGCGAUUACUACCACGUCAAGUCCCUCGCCGCCGAGCGCGACCCUCUCUCCGUCUUCUCCGCUCCUUGGGCUACCUCCCUGGAACGCUCCCUCCACUGGAUCGCCGGCUGGCGACCCACCACCACGUUUCAUCUCAUCUACUCUGAAUCCUCCAUCCUUUUUGAAUCACGUAUCGUUGAUAUUCUCCAUGGGCUUCGAACCGGCGACCUCGGUGACCUCUCCCCUUCUCAGUUUUGCCGUGUUAGCGAGCUCCAAUGCCAAACUGUGGAGGAGGAGAAUGCGAUAACGGACGAGCUGUCGGAGUGGCAAGACAACGUGAGCGAUCUGAUCGGAACAAGGACGGAACUGACGGGGAAAGUGGAAGGUCUGGUGAGCAUUAUAAAGAAAGCCGACGAUCUACGGCUGAGGACAGUGCAGAAGGUGGUGGAGCUUCUCACGCCAAAGCAGGCGGUGGAGUUCCUCAUCGCCGCCGCCGAGCUCCAGUUCGGCGUUCGGGGAUGGGGGCUGAAUCAGGACCGUGAACGGAGCAAUAAUCGCGACGGUAACUAAAAGAAACAUUAAAUUCCCCGAAAAAGCAACCAAAAAACAGAGAUUUGCUAAUAUAUUUAUGAAUAUUAAUUUUCUUA